AUGAUCCUGCAUCUUGACAACCUGAGUAGCGUAGAAGGACAAGCUAAUCCCGAGAUCUCGAUCAAAACUGAAAAGUGCAAUAUCUGCCCAAAGGACUGCAUCUCGCAGCCUGAGCCCGGCAAGUGCUGUCCAACGUGCCAUUGCGGUCCCCUUGGUCCGCGAGAUUGGGAUCCGAGUGGCAGAAGUGGUGAACCUCAAGAAUCCCAGCUCAGGGCCCGACAAAAGCAAGCUUGGUGGUUUUACGACAAGAAAUGUAUCUGCAACAAGGGAGUCAUCCAGUGCGACGAUAAUGCUUUUCCGCCAUCUCCGUUCAGGCCCAAAGACUGCCAGGAGCCGAAUGACCCUUCGGUGACCCAUCAACAUGGCCAUGAAUGGACAAAUCCUGAAGAGGAGUGCGAAAGUUGCGAGUGCAGAGAUGGGCAGAUUACAUGCUCUAAACGCUGUCCAGAGCUAAAUUGUCCAAAUGAGCAGUAUCCAGGGAUGUUGAUAGAAACUCAAGUCAAUAUCUGCCAUUAA